AUGGACCUCCUCCCCACCCAAACUCUCGGCCCCAGCAACGGCCACCCCAUCCUAAUCAUCCCCGGCUGGGAAAUGACCCCCCAAACGGAAAUGCACGACUUCGAGCCCAUCUUCACCACCAGCAGCACCCCCCUCCGCCGAAUCUACAUCGCCUUGCCCGGGAUGGGCUCCACGCCCGCAAGGAACAUCACUUCCCUCGACGACAUCUACCACCACCUCGUGCACUUCAUAGACUCUACUCUGGGGAAUUCCCGCUUCAUGCUAAUCGGCUCCUCCUGCGGCGCGUAUCUCGCCCGCGCGCUGGCCCAGAAAUAUCUCCACCAGAUAGAUGGCUUACUCCUUCGGGUACCGCUCAUUGAGCCGGAGGAUAGUAAGCGUGACGUGGAUACAAUUGAGCCACUUAUCAAGAAUGAGGGUGUUAUGAGUAGUUUGUCUCGUGAAGAUAGGAUGCUCCUUGGAAUUGAUAAUGGGGGGAAGGUGAUUGUGCAAACGGAGGAGUAUGUGGUUGAGUUGAAGAGGAAGCAUAGGGAGGUGUAUGUGCCUGCUGAGGAAGGGGCUGAUAAGAGCGUUUUGGACCCUAUUAGGGGGGACGUGGGGAGGUAUCGGUUGAGUGAGGAGGUACUUGGUGAUGGGAGUGGGGAGAAGUUGAUGGCGCCUACGUUGGUGCUUUGUGGGAGGCAGGAUGAGUGCGUUGGGUAUCGGGAUUGCUUGGGGUUGUUGGAGAGGUAUCCCAGGGCGACGUUUGCGGUGCUGGAUCGGGGCACGCAUGGAUUGCCGGUUGAUGGGAGUGAGAGGGGGGUGUUUGGGGCGUUGGUGAGAGAUUGGGCUUUUAGAGUGGGGGAGUGGAAGGGGAAUCAGUAG